GGCCUCAAGAUGGCUUUCAUGAACCUCCCUUCAAAACUUAAAUAUGAAUAUAAACAUUUUUGUAGUCUGCACUGGUUUAAUUUUAGUUUAAGUUUGUGAACUGUCAGUAAAAAAUGAGUGAACGAAAAUUUUCCAGAGGCUUAGGAAAGCCGGGUAUGGCUGCUCAAUUGAGAGAGACAGUUUCUCAAGUAGUUAGAGAAAGCACAGUACAACAAAAGGCAAAUCACUCAGAACCUUUGGACUAUGAAAGUUUUAUUGUGAAAAAUAAAACACUGCUACAAAAUGACCCUCAACGAGAGCUUUUGCUUUACCCGCCCGACGAUGUGUCUCAAGUCGUUCUACCGAGGAGGUUCAGGACUGUUACUACAAGUGUUCCACAAAAUUCGGAUACGAAAGAUUGCAGUCUGUUCUCUAGAGAAUGCAUCAAAAGCUAUACAUCCAACUGGAACUUAGUUCAUUAUAAGUACAGCGCUUACUCAGGGACUUAUUUAGAAUUGCCAAAGAUAAUGCGAUCGGAUGAUUUGAAAGAUGAAGUUUACGAAGUUGACACCGAUGCUGAUCAGUUGGAUGAAGAGCUGGAAGGGAGGAAUGAUGGCAUUACAAAACAAGGCUAUCUUCUUAAAGGUCCAGAGGUGGGCAAUGAUAGAAUGUUCGGCAAUAUCGCUUCAAAGUCUUUCAAGCGGCGUUAUUGUUAUCUCAGGCGAGAAGUUGAUGGCACAUAUAUUCUAGAAUUGCAUAAGGAUGAGAAAAAAGGCGAAGCUAAAGCCACCAUAGUUAUGGACUUCUGCACAGAUGUCGUCAGGAAUAUGAAGCGAGGUAGAUUCUGCUUCGAGCUGCAUAUGGCUGAUGGUCACAAAUCCUACUGCCUGGCGGCUGAUUCCGAAGCAGAACUGCAAGACUGGAUGGCCAAACUGCAGCUAGUUCUUCAGCAGAACAAGGUGCAAGAAGAGAAGCGUGCUGCGUCCUUAGAAAGAGCAUCAGCCUCGCCUCAAACAAGUGUGAUCCCUUUGUACGGCACUCUGAAAGGCUUGGAGCAGAGCGUCAAUCCUCAGCUGAUGAAGUAUGCGCGCGAAACCGACAACUCUAUCGCCCUGGCUCGCAGGGACAACAGGCGCCGACUAUUCAGCGUCUAUCCAUUCAUGCCGCAUACUAAAUGUGCGCAACAAACAAUGGAAAGCACAAUUGAGCCGUACAGAGAGCACUUCGGCCAGCGGUUGCUGAUCCGCUGCGAGAGUAUUCGCUUCAGACUGCAGGCACCAAUCAAUGGCGACAGUCAGACUCAUUGUCAGGUUGAACCUUACUUGACGACAUUAGCUCUGUAUGACGCCAAGGACGGCAAAAAGCUGACCGAAGACUUCCACAUGGAUGUGAAUCACAGUGCAGUUGAUGGAAUCAUAUCAGACCCCGACGAGCCAGUAGAGUCCAUACUCGGCGACCUUGUGCCUCCUCAAUGGAUUGCCAAAACUAAACAAGCUGUAUUCAGCAUCAGUAGGCCACAUGCAGAUGUUUACUUAGUGUUGCGAAUAGACAAAAUACUUCAAGGCUCGAUAAUGCAUGUGGCUGAGCCUUACACGAGAAGUGCUAAGGACCCUCGACUUGGUCUCAAAGUUCACAAAGCUGUCAAAGCAUGCAGUCAAAGGCUAGGGAAGUACAGAAUGCCAUUUGCUUGGACGGCGCGGCCCCUCUUUCGUUUGUACAGCAGUGAGCCUGACAUCACAUCUGACUUCCCCGGAAUAUAUAGACAGGAACCAAACCGCAUCAAAGAUGAAGAAUUACUCAAAAUCCUAGCAGACUACAGGAAGCCUGAAAAGAUGAAUAAACUACCAGCUAUACCUGGAUGGAUUCAUAUGAAAAUAGAAAUAUUGACAGAAUUACCGGAAAACUGCUUGACGAGCUGUAUGUCGCCGCUGAAGCCGUUCCCAGUGCCGCCGAGCGGCGAGCCGACAGUGGAGGUGGCUGAGCUGCAGCCGGAGCCACGCCCUCACACCGCCUUCGCCAACCUGCUCUUCGUCUACCCGCUCAGUCUGGCCUUCGACGCGCAGAAGACAUUCACGCGCGCACGCAACAUCGCCUGCACCAUCCAGCUCAAGGACACUGACGAUGAGAGUGCCGAACCCAUCACGUGUAUAUAUGGCAGAGGAGGCAAGCUGGUGGGCAGCGCCACGUGUUGUGUACUGCACCACACAACCACACCUGCCUGGUACGACGAGAUCAAAAUGCGCCUGCCGGUCAAACUGACAGCCAACCACCAUCUGCUCUUCACGUUCACGCACAUAUCGAUCGAGGGAUCCAAGAAACGCGACACUGGGCCCGAAACCACAGUUGGCUACGCGUGGCUGCCUCUGCUCAACAAAGGAAGAUUGAAUGUUGAGGAUCAAAGUAUUCCAGUGGCAGCUACUUUACCACCAGGUUACCUUGCUGUACAGCCUCUUGGACUUGGAAGAGGGUAUGCAGGACCAGAAAUAAAUUGGAUUGAUGGGCAGAAGUCGAUUUUUGCGGUGAACUUCCGUCUACUGUCUACGGUUCUUACUCAAGAUCAUCAUCUUCACAACCUGUUUGCCCAUGCCGAGCGUCUCCAUGAACCCAAACUGCAAGUGGUUUUGCCCCCUGAAACUGAAACCUGCAAAAUACUCAAGGCAGCUCAUGCAAUCCAGGUGGGAUCGGCAAUAGCGUUUCUACCAACACUGCUGAACCAACUGUUGGGCCUUCUAGUGUGUUCGCCCAGUCCUGAUGUCGGAGUCAAUGUCAUUCGACUUCUCAUUCACGUCGUUCAUCUGGUCGAUGAGGCCGGCUGUGCUGAAGCACUACAAACUUAUGUUAAGUUUGUAUUUGUGGGUGCUGCACAAGGCUCGAGAACAGUGCAUGAGGAGCUCUGUGAGCAUCUGCCAUCUUUGCUGCGACCGGACAACACAGAUUUCCUUCUAGUCAACAAGUUUCUGCCACACUCCGGAUUCUUCUUUCAGAUAAUGGUUAAAAGCAUGGCGCAACAUCUUCUCUCUACCGGCCGAAUAAAAAUGCUGCGGAACGAGAGAUUCUCUCCGGAGCUGCUAGCCAAAAUUGAAGCGCUAUUGCAAGUUCUAACUCCUUACCUUGCCAGCAAGCACAAGGAAAUGCCUCAGCAAAUGCAGCAGCUCAAUAACAGCAUUGCUACGUUUCUCAAGAAAUGUUUAACAUUCUUAGAUCGCGGAUUCGUGUUCAAGCUAGUGAACAGUCAUUUGGCGAACCUGUUGUCAGCCAGUGAGAGUCGCACAAUGCAGGAGAUGAAGUUUGCUUUCCUGCAGGUGGUUUGCUCACACGAGCACUUUGUGCCUUUCAACCUGCCUCUUCAGCACAGCAAAGCCAGGAACGACCUGACUUCGGAGUACUGUCUGUCGGAGGAGUUCUGCAAGCACCACUACCUGGUGGGCAUUCUGCUGCAAGAGGUGCGAGCCUCACUGCAUCAAGUGUUGCAGAUCCGCCGCACUGCCGUGUCGUCGCUCAGGGACCUCUUGGCCAAGCAUGAGUUGGAUGAUCGCUACCAGAGCAAAGGUCAACUACCAAGAAUCGCAACGUUGUACAUACCGUGGCUGGGAAUAGUUCUAGAUAAUCUGACAAGAUUAAGUACGGACCCAGGUCAGGCCACAUCUUCAAAUUCACCUAUAGCUACGAGCUCUUCGUCUAUCGCAUCAACACCUCAAAAAAAUUCUCAUAGGUUUACUUUCCACCAGGAUAGUCCAAAUUCUAGAGCAUCUAUGCAUCUAAGAGACUCCACUUACUUUGCGGCAAUAGCUGGUCAAGCUCUUGUUAACGGAGUAGGAUCGACUGGCAGCUUGGACUCAGAAACGUCAACUGUGUCUGGAGAUGGCUCGUCAACCGUGUCUCAAGAAACGGCGAUCAACAGGGAGGAGCAGGGAGGUUCAACUACCACUCCCAACACCUCUCACCAUUCCAGGUCUGUCAGUGGUACCCAGGUGAUACGAUGUGAUAAAUUGCAGCCAGGAGAGGUGAAAGAUAUCCUGGUCUGCUUCCUUUUUGUAAUCAAACAUCUUGCUCAAGAUCAGCUUAUCUCAUGGUGGCAUCAUUGCUCUGAAUCGGAAAUAUUGAAGUUCUUCAAAGUAAUCGAACUGUGUUUGCACGAGUUCAAGUACACGGGCAAGCGGCAGAUAGCGAGCGGCAGUGUGGGGGGUGGUCGAUGUGGUAGCGGCAGCGUUGGGAGUGGCGAAGGCGGGGGCGGCACACGUCCGGUGACCACCAAGGCGAUGACUCUGCCGGCGAGAAUGCAGCCGCCCGACUUCUCGGCCGCUCCUGGUGCCGGCGCAGAGCCCAUCACUGCCACGCAUGUGCUGCUCAGCGGCACCAACAGUGUCGGCCGUGAGAAUCACAGAGAUAGCGAAUCAAGUUCGUUAUAUCAAGCUCUUCUGGAAGCGAAUCUUGCCACAGAAGUCGGAUUAACCGUUCUGGACGCACUUGGUCUCUACUGUAUCCAUUUCAAAGAUAUUUUGAUGGCUGAGGAAGGGGACAAUCCAGUGAUGAAAGCAGUAUUCAUGCUUUAUCUGAGUUUUCUUCAGGUUGGGCAGUCAGAAACUCUUUUCCGACAUGUUUUUGCUGCUCUCAGAGCCUUCAUCAACAACUUUUCUUUAGCACUCUUUCAAGGCAACGCAGUGCUGUGCGGCCAAUUGUGCUUGGAGCUGCUUCGCUGCUGCAACAGCCGUUUGUCUGCCAUUCGCCAGGAAUCCUGUGCCAUUUUGUAUUUACUCAUGAGAAGCAAUUUCGAAUUCUCAAACAGGAAAGGGCUUACCCGUGUCCAUUUACAGGUGAUUAUAUCAGUGUCGCAAUUACUUGGAAACGUUGUUGGACUGAACAAUGCGAGGUUUCAAGAAUCGUUGUCUCUAAUCAAUAGCUAUGCCAACAGCGAUAAAGUCAUGAAAGGAACUGGUUUUCCAGUUGAAGUGAAGGACUUGACGAAACGAAUCCGAACAGUUUUGAUGGCAACUGCUCAGAUGCGAGACUUGCACCAUGACCCAGAAAUGCUCACCGACCUGCAGCACAGUCUGGCCAACUCGUAUGCCUCCACGCCCGAACUCAGGCUCACCUGGCUCAUGACCAUGACAAGGAACCAUGCCAAAGACAAUAAUUUCUCCGAGGCAGCAUGUUGUCAGUUGCAUAUAGCAGCACUGAUGGCGCAGUAUUUGAAGUUGAAAGGAAGUCAAGAUUGGGGAGCUGAGGCUUUCACUGCCAUAUCAUCCAACAUUUCAACUGAUGAAAUCGGACUGAAGCUUGAUUCAGGAGUACACGACGUGCAGUACACUGAACAAACGUUGGUGACGCAGUUGGAGUGCUGCGCUGAGUACUUGAAGAAGGCCGAGCGCUAUGAAUGCCUGGGACCACUCUAUCGACUCAUCGUGCCCAUCUAUGAGAAGCGACGCGACUACCAGAUGCUCGGUCAGUGCUACCAGACGCUCACUCAGUCUUGUGCCGACAUCGUCCAGGUGCAGCGGUCUGGCAAGCGGCUGCUCGGUCGCUACUACCGGGUCGCGCUUUUUGGACAGGCAUAUUUUGAUGAGGAUAAUGAAGUUGAAUACAUCUACAAGGAACCAAAAGUUACUUCUCUGUCAGAAAUAUCAGAAAGACUGUAUCACCAGUUUUCAAACAAAUUUGGAACAGGAUCUGUGAAAAUGAUCAUGGACUCUGCACCUUUUGAAUUAUCAGAGCUGGAUCCAAAACUGGCGUACAUCCAGGUGACUCAUGUGACAGUGCACUUGCCGAAACAUGUAUUGGAAGUGAGACCAACCGAGUUCGAACAGAGCCAUGACAUCAGCUCGUUCAUGUUCGAGACGCCAUUCACGCGCCAGGGCAAGGCCAGGGCCAACUCCCCUGCCGAACAGUGGAAGCGCCGCACUGUGCUUCACACCGAGUACACAUUCCCGUAUGUGAAGAAGCGUCUGAGAGUGGUGAGCAGAAGUGAAACUGAAUUGAGUCCCAUAGAAGUGGCCCUGGAUGAGAUGAAUCAGCGGGUCACUGAGCUUUUCGACGUUGUCUUGACUAGACCCACCGAUGCCAAGAAACUGCAGCUACGUUUGCAGGGUAGUGUAUGUGUUCAAGUGAAUGCUGGGCCACUCGCUUAUGCUGAUGCCUUUCUCAGUCCGACUGUUUGCAAAGAUUAUCCAGAUGACAAAGUUGAAGAACUGAAAGACGUUUUCAGAGAGUUCGUGCGUGUGUGCUACGCGGCGCUGCAGCUGAACAGUCAGGUAGUGCGCAGUGACCAGGUGGAGUACCAGGCGGCACUCAAGGCCAAUUUCCACAAACUGGUGCAGGACUUGUCUGUGCUGCUGAGUGAGCCACUCUGGCCGGACAGUGAGGCUGGCUCAUUUAAGCGCAACAGUCAGGCACUCUUCUCCGCCAUUUCGGGUGCCAGUGCUACCAGCUCAAGCACUGCCUAAGCUCUGCCUACUUCCACAAACUGGUGCAGGACCUGUCUGUGCUGCUAACCUACACUCACAUAAUGAGAACCAAUUUUGUCAGGAAAGACUCAAGUUAAUUCUAGUACAGUAAUGAAUGGUUUGUUUUAAGGUGCGUACAGAUUUGAGCGCCAAAACACGCGCAUUUCACUUUUCAUCAGCUGAUGCUACGCUUAUUAUACUCCUGUACCUUACUGUUUCUGUACAGAUAAAGAUAUUACACUUUUCAGCUGAUGAAAAGUGAAAUGCGCGUUUUCGUGGCGCUCAAGUCUGUACGCAGCUUAAUGAAGCUGUAUUCCCACGUUCAAUAACAGUUUCCAUGUCCAAUUCAGUGAAAAUAUUAUUUCGACUGUAAUAGUCACAUCAGAACUUUGAGAAAGAUAUUUUUUUCUGAACCGGGCAUGGAUACUGAUUGAUAUGUGGGAACCCACCUUUAAUCUAAGGAAUCCGAGGGAGCCAGUAAUUCUAGUAAUGUGAAGUCAAUUAAUCUGGGAAUUGUAAUAUUGUGGAGUCCUGGAACCUGACAACUCACAUUAAUGUGGCAAUUCUAAAUAUUAUGGCUUCUGUUACCUGAUAACUUGAUAAGUUGAGGUAUAUAGGAUAACUAAAUUCAAGGUAACUGAACUAAACUCCUUUUUUGGCUAUAAGCUAAAUUAAUUAAGGGAAAUGUAAAAAGGUUUUCAAUAUUGUUUUGUUAUUUGGUAUUGAAAGACCCUUCCUUUUGCAGUUUACUUGAAGUUGAUUUGUAAGUGGUAAAUUGCUAAAUAGCGCAGAAUUAGUAAACUUGCUUUACUGGAAGAGACUACUGUACAUGUCAUGGUUAGAUGGAUGGUGCUUGAACUUGAAUCUCCAAUCAUAUUCCUUUGCCUUCUCACACAAUUAUUUCUUCGUUCACAGGUAUUUUUAGACUGGUAGCUAUUAUAAUAUCUGAAAGGUAGCCUAGCUCCAAAGUCGUUGUUACUGUAGUUUUAUGUGGUAAGAGUUGGUAAGAGUACGUAUAGUCUUUUGACUUGACUCUUGUACAGUGACAUCCGCACUUUUUAGACAAUAAAAAACAGUGCGAUAUGAUUCUCAACAGAUAACCAAUUCUCCGAGAAAGAUUUGAAAGAUCUGAAUUGGUAUAAGAAAACGUAUCUAAAAAUGACCAACUAAAUAAAUAUUUGACUAAUAGCACAAAUCUUGCCUCAAAUAUAAGCUCCUUGUCUGUUAUAGAUUCCAAAUCUGUUUUUAUAUAAUAAUGAUCUUGAAUUGUAAUAUUUUUAUCAAAAAAGCUUUACUAUCAAAUACUUUACUAAAUCAUGUUUGACUUAUCUAGUUGUCUUUAUUCACUUUAUUAUAGGGACUACUAUACGCAGUUUUCUUUAUUACAUUGAAGAGCAAUCCAGUUGUAUUUUCAAAUCCUUAUUAUUUCAAGGUAGUCUGAGUUUUGUGAAAGCUGUCAGUUUGAUCAUUUAAUAUCAACCAGAGACAUCAUCAUCAUAUUUCAUCUUUAACGCUUUGAUUUAUAGAGUCCAUAUUUCUUGAGAAAUAGUUUGGAUUCAUGUAAAAAUUUUAAAAAGACAAAAUUCCUUUUCAAAUUGUCAUUUUUGUAUUUCUGGGUAUAUGUACUACUCUUGAAAACAUGACAUAAGUGCUCAUAUAAUAUCAUGAAGUGUACUAGAAUACAAUAUUACUUACAGUAUUCCAACCCAGGUCUCAUACUUGUUAUUUAGAAGUAAAUGUAUUUUAUAUAUAUAUGGCUGUGAUCCUUCUUCACAACAGAUGAAACAGAAAGUGAGGUUCUUUACUGGAAAAGGUUUAUCUACCUCAUGCAUUACUAGAGACUAAGAUAAUACCAUAUUUUACAUGAGUGUAUUAGUUGUGGAAAAAAAUCUUUGGAAAUAUUCUAAGAGUAUAAUCUUCAUGAUGAUAUUGCUAGCUCUACCAGAUGAUAUGUGCCA